AUGAAUCGCCAUGUGAAGACGGCGGAAAAGGUGACGCUCGAUACAGAGGCCGUCGAGAAGCUGAAGGUGAACAUGGCCGAUUUCGAGCUGGCCUUGGAGAAUGAUAUCAAGCCGGCUUUUGGAAGAUCAGGAGACUGUGCAAAAGUUCCUACGUCGCGGCUAUAUCCCAUGGCAACACGCGAACCGGAAAGCAUCGGAUUCGUCACCUGCUUGUUGUCAGGGGCUUCUGGUUCCGGGAAAUCCUGUAUCGCGGCCAGAAUCGCCAAGGAAUCCGAGUUUCCGUUUAUUAAGGUGGUCUCCCCAGCGACGAUGGUCGGCUUCUCAGAGAUGGCGAAAUGCCAGGCACUGCACAGGGCUUUCUCGGAUGCGAUCAAGUCUCCGCUUUCCAUCCUCUUCCUCGACGAUAUCGAGUCGCUUCUCGAUUAUACACCGCUUGGACCUCGUUUCUCGAACCUCGUGCUGCAAGCGCUACGUGUGCUGUUGCGCGACCCUGUCCCCGAGGGCCAUCGGCUUCUCGUAUUGGCCACAACAUCGGAGCGCGAAUUCCUCGAGCACGCUGGCUUGCUGAAAUUCUUUGACCACCAAAUCCACGUGCCAAUGCUGUCGGAGCCUCGUCAUGUGAUCGCUGUGAUGCAGUCCUCCAAUGUUUUCACCGCCGCUGAGCUGCAGACGGCCGAUAAACAGCUGCGAGAGCUGAAACAAAGAGCCCAAAUCCACAUCGGUGUAAAGCGUGUCCUCGGACUGAUCGACUUUGUCCGCCGCUCCGACGGUGACCGCGCCGCUCUUCUCGUCUCACAGAUCGAAGCCAUGGGAAUGGGCAUUGAA